ACUCGCACUUCAACUCAAAAAGGAUGACAGGCUUCUGCAUUUGAUUAUCAAACGUUAUCAAACGGUGGUGCGUGCACCGCUAAUGGCACGCCCAAGCACCAGAUUGUUUCAUAAAAUUAGAGAUAUGUACAUAUGAAAUGGCUGCCUCCAAAGUUUACUGCCACGUUCAACAGAUACAAGGUGAUGGUAGAACAGAGGUAGCAACAGUGGUAGGAAAUAUUUUUUUCAGGUGGAGUACCAUUGGUCUGUAUUGUGUUUGUGUAGCUGCAAUUAUUUAAAACAUGUUGGCAGAGACAAACUGCAGGUUUUCUUUCCAACCAGUUUCUCCAGCAGGUGAUUUAAUUGAUGUGCUCCUUCCCUCAAACCAAAGGAGGGUUAAUCAUUAAAAUCACCUGCUUUAGUGACAGGCUGGAAAAAAAAACUUGUGUCUGAGUGUUUGAGUUGAAGACAACUUUACACAAACCUGAAUUUUAUGUACAUUAUAUACAUUAAUACAAACAUUUUGAGUAAAAUGUUUGAUUGUAUUUUAUUUUGAAAUAUGAGAAUGUCUAUUUGGUAAUGUGGAAUAAUGUAUAUUUUUGAUUUAAUUAUCGGAAAUGUAUUUGUAAUGAACAAAGUUUCGUAAUGUGGAAUGUCAAUUUUAGAUUUAAUGAUCGGAAUUGCAUUUUUUGUCCAAUUGAUGACGCUACAAUCUAUUGCGCACGCGCACUGCUACCAUCUGUAACCAACGCUCACUUUCGCGCAACCUAUUGCGCAUGCGCACGGCUGCCACCACACCUUUGACCAGGCCAAAAUGGCUGCUUGCCAAAACUAACAUUUAUUGCCUGUUAACAUCUUUGUUUUGUCACCAAGUGGUAAGUCUAUCAACCUGAAACUUGGCUCCGAGUUUAAUUAUGUUCACGCCCUCGAAGAGUGUCAAGCUCAACCGUACCAGGUUGAAAGACGUCGCAUUAAAGUUUGUGCCAAGACGUAAAUUACCGGUUGACGUUAACCAAAAUGUAGCAGAGUCCACUAUUUUAGGGGAGAUAGCGGAUUCCACCGCUAGCAGUAAUGGUGACUUUCCCCAAGGAACUUCUGUGGACCCCCAACCGGGGUGGCGGCGUGUGAGAGGUGUUGCUAGAACUGUGAAUCCCACGUCUACUUCCAUUGUUUGUUCGGACGUCUCCUUAAAAAGACGUUCACAAGCAUCCAGCUGCAAAAUCUGUGGUGACUGUAAAUACAUUUCCCCUCAGAGGAGAACCACGGUCAGGCAAGUGGCAAAAAGCUUUGAACCCAGCCCAGAACAGACAUCCAAGGAAACCUUUAGGCUCGACCGCUACCCUAAAGUAACCCUUUGUGACGUAGUCCUAAACUCUAAUGCAAGAAGGAACUGUUGUGGCUUUUUGCUAUCAGAUCUUAUGAAAACCGAGACUGUGCGUUGCUUCAAACAGGGCAUGACAACUACUGGAUUUCAGUUGAAGCCCUGUUGUGACGAGUGCGGAAAUAAAAAACGGAGAAAUCUGGGAGAAUGCACAAAGACAGAGACUUUCAUCAAUCAGGCUGCUUGUCAUUUGUUCCCGACGGGAAACACAAUAGGGAAUCACAGCACAGGUGGGACCUUUGGAAUGGAGCGACACAAGGGUAAAAUAAACUUGAACAGCCGUAUAAAAGAGGCACAAACAUGCAGUCAGUCAUGUCCAAAACCUACUGCAGGAACAUGCAACCCUGAGGAACCUUGCCAAAAACGGACAGCACGAGAAAGACCAGUAUUGUUCAGUGAUGACCCGGCUUCAUUCACCUGUCAGAGGGUGAGGGUCUAUAUUAGAAAACCACACUAUUCAUGUGCACGCACAGACAUGCCGUGGCCCUUAUCUGACAUUGGAGCCACCCUUUCAACACAUGCCAAACUCUCAGAAGCAGCUACCAAGCGUUGGUUAUCUACACUGUAUCAUGAUUCUCUAGGAUCAUUAAGAUGCCAAAGCAGUGACCUUCACCAAGAAGCCAGUCUUGCAGAUGGUGCAGGACACAAGUCUUCCGAAAACAUAUGUGAUGUUAAGGAAUCAACUGUAGGCGUUCCUUCAGUUUUCGCUACCUUCUCCACAGCAACUCAGCAGUUGGAUUCAGGUACUAACAUACAGUCCGUGCCUCCAUCCACGUCUAGCAAUUCGCUCACUCCUUCACCCGCAGAACUGUGCUUGAGUGACUGGCAAAUGUCCCCGCCCGUCUCGGCCCCGUCUCCCAUCCCCAGCGGUGUUUGGAGUUGGGGUUCUUCACCGAGCAUCCUUGCAUGGACCCCCGAUACCCAGAGUUCGCACCAGUCCUCCCUCCUCUUGUGUCAAGAGAUAGGACCCAACGGCAGCAGCAUGCCUUUAAACUGCGAUACGCCUCCUGCAAGAGACAAGUCGGAUGAAGGAUGCGAAGAAAGUAUUUUAAGGGAGGAUCUACUUCCACCUCUGCUUUCUCCGUUUGGUUCACCGCAAACAAACUUCCCGAGACAAAGCCUUACACUUGACAAAGAUGAGAUGAAUACACUCUUGCCACAAGUGGUCAUGAAUGGUUUGGUAAACCAGGAUCUUGCACGACUGGAAGUAGUCUCCUGUGACUUUGGAUCUCUUCCUGAUCAUACGCCGAGAGAACCAUCCCCCUGCCGUGUCAGAGAUGUGGACAAGGGAAGUGAUCCAGAAGCUAGUGAGUCACAAGGAACUCCUUCAGAUCGGACACCAAACGAGGACCAUUCCACGGAACCCAGCUCUUCUUCGAGCACACAGGGACAGCCGACUUCUGGGGAUGCUUGGCCGUGCGUUUUGGAUGAGCUCACAGCGUAUCAACAGGAUAUCCUGCUUGUUAAUGUCUGCCAGGAUGACACGGAGCUGUUUGAGAACCUACCAGAUGAGAGCCUGCUGAAACUGGGUCCCGCCAGGGUUCAAGUAAACCCAAUGACGACUUAUGGUGUGCCGCAAACUGUGAAACAAAGAUCGACCCCUGUUAAUAUAAAGCUUCAAUGUGGAAGUCCAGAAGUGAAUGAGGAACACAUCAGCAGGCCCUGGAGACCUAGGAAGCGCAGUACUUCACCCAAAACCCACGACGACACAUCUCUUCUCACACAUAAACGAACCAAAUCAAUGGGCAAGUAUGAUGCCAGCAGAAAUUGUACAAAUGGAGGCCAAGAAAGACAACAGCCCAUCGAAAACCAAUCACACAAUGUCAUGUCUCCGGUUGGCACUUGGAGAAAUGCUCUUCAUUCAGGCCCUUCGAUGCCAAACCCCGCAAACAAGAGUCAUCUUAGAUGUCAGAAAUUAGCUUCCUACUGCAGGCUGUUCUUCAGUGAAUCACAGUCCUGUGGCUUCAAGAUGUGCCGCUUCCUGCAUGUGCCUCUGGAGGGUGACGAGAAGUUCUGUGUCGACACCGUGGCGCGGUUUACCAGAAAUCCAAAGUGCCUCCAUAAAGCAGGAGCUGUAUUCACAGGCUACUACCAGAAUAACCCCCCAGGCACGUUUUUCUCCAAGCCAGUGUUUCUGUCGCUCCUCUGGGGCCUGGUCAAAGCAGGCAUGGUGUCUGAUGUCUUGUCAGUUCUCAGCAUCAGCUUGGCUCACAAUAUAGUGCCCACCCACGAGUUCCUGCUUGCCCUUUUCAAUUUGGUAAGAGUGAGCGGUCUCGCAAGCGUUUUGCCUCAACUUGUACAGCUCUCUUACAAGAUGGCCAGUGAAAACUCAAUGCUGAGCUUGGAUUGCUUCGAAUGUGUUAAAAACACUCCUGAGUUCCAGCAGAUGACAAAUCCAAAUACACUUGAAAACCAAAGGUUAUGUACUGUAUCCAGUAGUGUGCCCAUUUUGGAAUACCUGAACCUGGCCGAUGUCAUCGAGAUGGAGCUUUGCGCCAAGCAAGAGGACUGGCACCAGAUGGCAGAGGCUUUCCGCUCCUUUUGCACACCCUGCCGACAUCCCAACCAUCUGGAGCGCAUCAGCGGUCACAUCGCUGUCGCACUUCUGUCGGAGGGCAAAGACAAGAUGUCUCUGCCCUUUGCCACAUUCUCUGAGACAUUUUGUCAAAAAGAAGAUCCAGGGUCCCUUGUGAUGAGUUUCUUUGGCAGAAUUGGAGUCUCGCUCAUGCUAAGAUACUAUAAAACACACCAGUGGACCAAGGGUCAAAGGGUGGUGGAGGUGCUGUCCCUUUCAAAAGUCAGCUACUCUAUGCUGAAAGGUCUAUUUGGAAAUGAGGAUGGAGGAUCACGCUGCGCCUUGGUCACCAUGGCAGCAGAGCUCUUCCUUCUCAGCGGCAGCCUGGAAGGAGCUCUCAACACUCUCCGAGAAAACAAUUGGUUCGUGAGUUCAAGCGCCUGGCCGUGUCAGCCUGCUGAUUUGGAGAGCAGAAGCCGUGUGCUCAUCCAUCUGUCUAAGAGCACCUCACACAGAGACACACUGGAGGUGCUUUGUCAUCUCCCUGGAAUCCAGGACCCCAUCGACCAGUUUGACGUCUUGAGAUACACGCCGCUCUUUAACUCUCACCUGCAAGUGUGCCUGGACAGACAGGUGCUUCCUGUAGCGUCCGACGCUGUGGACUUCAUGCUGUCUAAAAAGCUCCUGGUCGAGCAUGUGGUGUUGCAGAAGCUUUUACACAAACUGGGGAAGCAAAACCAAUGGCUACGUGCACGUGAGGUCUUCAGACACGCUCUCGCCGCUGGGUAUUACCCUGCUGUAUCUGCCCCCCCUGGCUUCAUGUCGCUGAUUGUCCCGAGUCGAUUGGUUGAUGUGGAACUGGCACUCUCACUGGAGAUGUUAAUCACCAUCAACGCUCCAGCCAUUGGCCGCCACUCAUUGGCUGCACCCUCCACCCUCAGCAUCACCCUGAAGAGGACUCAGGAGAGCGAGAGCGAGAGUGAUUAUCUUUUGGCUGGUAGCCGCCUGCUCUCUGCAGCGUGCAUCCCUCAGCCCAAACUGAUAAUCCAUUAUGUGGCUGUGAACUCCUCACAGGAGCAACUCUUCACUCUGAGCAUUGCCUCGGCCCAACGCUGGCUGCACCACAAUCAUUUGUGGGCAAACGAGGUAGAAAAAGAGCUCAUUGUUGCAUGCAUGACACCCCAGUUUAUACUUUUUGAGUGAUCUAUUGUUGUUGCAAGAGGUUCACAGCUAUAUAUAAAUAUGAAACUAUAUGUGUUAAUACUGUUCUAUCAUUGUUCGCGACCUCGGGCUCAGCGGUGAAAAUGUGUAAAAGGACACUUUGUGUUUCUCAUGCAUCAUUUGGACCGAUUCAGUUAGAGUAUUUAUAACCACAACCUAAAC